GUCUUAGGUUCAGCAGAACAAGCAAGAGUUAAAAUAAAAGCAUACUUCAAUGAGCUUCGAGAGAACUUGAAUCGUCAGGAGAUGGCAGCACUAGCAGCCGUGGACACACAUAUCAGAGAGAAGCUCUGCUCGUUGAGACAACAGCAAGAGGAUAUGGCAGUCCUGAUGGCCCAGAUCAACUCAGUGUGUCACCAGUGUGAGGCUACUCUACAGCAGGAUGACCCCAAGAUCAUGCUGGCCAAGCCUGAAGUCAGUCACCUCCUGGACACCCUUCAGAAACAGCAGCAGCAGUUCAUGGACUUGGCAGACCAGAUAGCCCUGGAACCAACAAUACCAAUCACUUUCACUAAGGAUAAUCGUGUCCACAUUGGUCCAAAAAUUGAGAUGCGAGUCGUCACUCUAGGACUUGAUGGAGCCGGCAAAACCAGUAUUCUCUUUAAACUGAAGCAGAAUGAGUUUAUUCCAACAAUUCCAACUAUUGGCUUCAAUGUUGAAACAGUGGAAUACAAGAAUUUCAAGUUUACCAUCUGGGAUGUUGGUGGCCAGCACAAAAUUCGUCCCCUAUGGAGACAUUACUAUUUUAAUACCCAAGCUGUGAUAUAUGUUGUUGACAGCAGCAACAGAGAGAGGCUGGACGAGGCUCAGAGUGAACUUGUUAAGUUGGUACAAGAAAAAGAACUCAAGGAAGCCUCACUUUUGAUAUUUGCCAACAAACAGGAUAUAGACAAGUGUGUGACAAUAGAGGAGAUCACAGAACAGUUUGGACUGCUCAAACUGUGCUGCAACCGGAGCUGGCAUCUGCAGGCCUGUGAUGGCAAGAGUGGUCAGGGUUUAGCUGAUGGUUUGGAAUGGUUGUCACGGCAGAUGGUUGCUGCGGGUGCACCAGAGUUAGCCUGA